AUGCCGCGCGGCCGACCUCCCAAAACGGCGACAAAAAACUCCGAGACACCAGAAAGCUUGCUGGAGCUAAACGCAGACAAUCCAAAUGGAUUUCUUGAGCUACAGGAUUCACAGUACCGAGGUACUCAUAAAUGCAAUGUUUGUUUCCAAACGUUUCCAAAGUACAACCAGUUGCAGCGUCAUCUGCGGGAGCAUGAUGAGAAUGAUAAGCCUUACCGGUGUGAUCAGUGUCCAACUUCCUUUAAUAUGGAAUUUAAUCUGAUACUACAUAAGGCUACUCAUGAUGGCGAUGACCCCACUUGUCCUGUGUGUAGCAAAAAGUUCUCCCGAGUGGCCAGUCUUAAAGCUCAUAUUAUGCUACAUGAGAAAGAGGAGAACCUGAUCUGUACAGAAUGUGGAGAUGAAUUUACUCUGCAGAGUCAACUUAGUAGACACCUGGAGGAACACCGACAGGAAUUAAAUGGAAAUCGGGUGCAUGUCUGCAAGAUCUGCACAAAGGAGUAUGAGAGACCAUCUUUGCUGCGAGAACAUAUGAAGUCUCACUACAGAGUCAGGUCGUCCCUGUGCACCAAACAGUACAAACGGCACGUUGAUAGGUCAGGGUUCUCGCAGCGAUGUGAACACUGUGGAAAAACAUUUCAGAAGCCUAGUCAGUUAGUUCGACAUAUCAGAAUACACACAGGUGAACGACCGUAUAAGUGCAGUGAUUGUGGAAAAGCCUUCAACCAGAAAGGAGCACUGCAAAUCCACAUGAUCAAGCACACAGGCGAAAAGCCCCAUUUCUGUGUUUUCUGUCCGGCAUCCUUUUCCCAAAGGGGAAAUCUACGCGCACACAUACAGAGGGUUCACACUGAGGUGAAGGAUGGAGACCAGCCAGCAUAUCAGUGUGAGGAAUGUAGCUGCGUAUUCCGAAAAUUAGGCAGCCUAAAUGCACACAUCAGCAGGAUGCACUCGGAUGGAUCAGAAUCUUCCCGAGUUAUCACUGACACUGCACAAAGUGCGCCGCAAGCAUUGCCGGUGACCUCUGCAGGAAGUCAUCAAGGAGCACAGGCAGUGACUGAUGUUAUACAGCAGCUCUUGGAGCUCUCGGAACAGGUGACAGGAGAGGGAGCGCAAGCCCAGCAGCCAGUGCAGCAAAUUACCAUAGAGGGCAGCAUCAAUCAGGACAUCUUGCAACAAGCCUUAGAAAACAGUGGACUAACAACCAUUCCUAUUCAAACUCAUCAAUCAGAAAUUGGUCAACUAAGGGUGCCUCUAUCUCAAAGUCAGCCCCAGGAUGCACACACAACAGCGGCUCAGCAGACUCCGUCCCUGGCUGCACAGGCACAGCAGCCACGGAUGGAGAAACUAUCUGGCAAAGAGAACAUGGACAUGGUUAAAAAAAUGAUGCUAUAUCCUGGGUCUGUCCGGCGAGUGAAUGGAAUUCGAUGGCACAUGUGUACUUAUUGCACAAAAGAGUUCAAAAAACCAAGCGACCUAGUGCGCCACAUUCGAAUCCACACUCAUGAGAAACCAUAUAAAUGCACUCAGUGUUUCCGGGCAUUUGCUGUGAAGAGUACCCUCACUGCUCACAUGAAGACUCACACUGGCAUCAAGGAAUUUAGAUGUCCCAUGUGUGCAAAGAUGUUUUCCACCCAAGGGAGUCUGAAGGUUCAUCUUAGACUACAUACAGGGGCCAGACCAUUUGACUGCCCGCACUGCGAUAAAAAGUUCCGCACCUCGGGACAUCGAAAGAGUCAUAUUGCUUCCCACUUCAAAAAUUUACAGCAUAAGAAACAGCGAUUUCCACGGAAACCUGCUAAGACUCGGAUUUUAAAGAAUAGCAUCACAUUAACAGAUAUCCCUCUCCAGGAACCUAUUCUCAUUACCGAUUCAGGUUUGAUCCAGCAAACACCAAGGAAUAGCCAAUUGUACAGUCAUUUCCUGGCCAAUGGCAUAAUCACUGAUGGAUUGAGUGGUGACAGGCCAUACAAAUGUGCAUAUUGUAACAAGGGGUUUAAAAAAUCUAGUCAUCUUAAACAACAUAUCAGAUCUCAUACAGGUGAGAAACCUUUCAAAUGUUCACAGUGUGGCAGAGCAUUUGUGUCAUCCGGGGUCCUUAAGUCACAUAUCCGGACUCAUUCUGGCCUCAAAGCGUACAAGUGUUUGAUUUGUGAUGGUACAUUUACUACAAAUGGUAGUCUAAAGCGUCAUAUGUCAACCCAUAGUGAAGUACGUCCUUUCAUGUGUCCGUAUUGCCAGAAGACUUUCAAGACUUCUAUGAACUGUAAAAAGCAUAUGAAAACACAUAGGUAUGAACUUGCUCAGCAGAUUCAGCAACAGCAGCAGGUCUCGCUUGGUGAUGACACCUUGGUAGACUCGAUGGAACAGCAGUCUGUAUCUGCUAACAACCAAGAACAAACCCAACUUCAGGCAGAUGAGCUGCAGCAGCCAACGACAGUCAGUGCUGACCAGCAAUCCAUGCUGGGACUGAGUCAGGAACAAGCAGUGGCUUCCCAGCAGGGUGGUCUCAGCCAGCAGCUUACAGACCAGCAGCUUGUACAAGAUGAAGAUUCCUUCGUGACCACGCAGCACACCUUACAGCAAAACAUCAACCAGUUUGAUCAACAGGCUAUAACACAGCAGACCUUUGACCAACAGGGUCUGACGCAAGGCUUCACCAUCACAGAUAGCUUUGGCCCACAAGGUCAAUUUACACCAGUACAACAGCUUCAGGAUUCCAGCAGCCUAGAGUCACAAGCUCUGACUCCCAGUUACCACCAGCAGAGCCUGCUUCAGGUUCCCACAACAGACAGUAUCAGUGUGACAACGCGCUUAUUGCAUGAGCAGCCACAUGAAAACCUGCACCUUCAGAGCCAUCGAUCAGCGUUCCAUUCUGACAGUGAGGACCAAGUCAGACGAACAUACAGGUGUGAGUUCUGUUCCAAAGGUUUCAAGAAGUCUAGCCACCUAAAGCAGCAUGUACGCUCCCACACAGGCGAAAAACCCUUCAAAUGCCUUCAGUGCAGUCGGUCUUUUGUAUCCUCGGGUGUUUUGAAAGCGCAUCAACGAACACACACAGGUGUCAAGGCUUACAGGUGCAACAUUUGUGAUGCUACAUUUACUACCAAUGGCAGCCUCACAAGGCACAUGGUGAUCCAUACCAGUGUGAGGCCUUUCAAAUGCCCAUUUUGCGAUGACACUUUCCGAACAUCACUUCACUGCAAGAGACACAUGAAAGCUCAUCAAGUGACUGCAGGCGUUGGAGAUGAAGAAGAUCAGAAUCUGGAAAGACCUCUGGUCAGAAGAUCACGGAUCGGAAUCAUCACCUUUACAGAAGAGGAGACGGCAGAACUGGCCAAGACUGGGACUCGAUUGGAUGCUACGGUCUCAGAAAAAGUAUUAGUCCAAUCAGCAGCAGAGAAGGACCGGGUUAGUGAGAUUAAGGAUAAAGCCACAGAGGUUGAAGAGGAGCCAAAACAUGCAAACCAAUGCUCAUUUUGUACGAAGAGUUUCAAGAAACCAAGUGACCUGGUUAGGCACAUCCGCAUCCAUACUGGAGAGAAGCCCUUUAAGUGUGAUGAAUGUGGGAAGAGUUUUACAGUGAAAUCUACUCUGGACUGUCAUCUAAAAACCCACACAGGUCAAAAACACUUUAAAUGCCAUGUAUGCAGUUCGCCCUUCUCAACCAAGGGCAGUCUAAAAGUUCAUAUGCGACUACACACUGGAGCAAAGCCUUUUAAAUGUCCACAUUGUGAUGUACGAUUCCGGACUUCAGGACAUAGGAAGAGCCAUAUACAAUCCCACUUCAAACCCACUUCAUUGCCAAAGAAAAUCCGGAAGCCAGUAACACGUCAAACGACUGAGAGCUUGCAGCCUGUAAACUUGCUGACAACCACGGAUGCAAACGUUUACAUCACUAAUAAUGGAGUUCUCGCGAGUCAAUUUGAUCAGAAUCUUCUCCCUCAGGGACUUGUUGGACAGGCCAUUCUUCCUGCUUCAAUGUCAGCUGGAGGAGAUCUGACAUUAUCGCUUACAGAUGCCAGCUUUGCCACUCUUGAAGGGAUACAGCUGCAGCUCACUUCUGCUAAUCUGGUUGGGCAGAAUGUCCAAAUCUCUGGCAUUGACCCCAGCAACAUAAACAACAUCACUUUGCAGAUUGAUUCAAGUAUUUUACAGCAGACAUUGCAACAGAGCAAUUUACUCAAUCAACAACUGACUGCUGAUCCUAACCUAACUCAACAGACUGGGACCCUGCAGUCACCAGAUAACACAGUACCUGCAAAUGUGGUCAUCCAGCCAAUCACUAGUCUGUCAAUACAACCUGCAGUGGCUCCAUCGGCUGUCAUGGCAAUGGAAAGUCUGACUGAACAAGAGACGGUGCUAACAACAAGCAGUUCUGGUCAGGAUAUCAUCCAACAGAUUAACAGCUCUGGUACCAGUGAACUAAAUGGAAAUAUUCGAUUAGGAACAUCAGUGAAUAAUCAACCCAAUACUGCCACAUUGACCAUCAGCAAUGACCAGCUCCUCACUCAGGGAACUUCUCUUAACACAAGUAGUGCCAACAUAACAGGGCUGAGCUCUGCUGCAAACAGUUUGGCAUCUUCUCUCACUACAUCACUUUCUCAGACUACUGUCCCUACCCAAAACCUUGUGAUGUCCUCUGCUAACAUGAACAGUGAAGGCAGUGUUACCCUUACUCUGACUGACACCCAGAGCAUGUUGUCAGGCAGUCUCGACACAGUGACUCUUAAUAUCGCUGCACAGGGUCAGCAGUUUCCAACAGUGCUCACAGACUCCACUCUUCCAGGCCAAACAGGAUCAACUCACCAACAGGUUAUAUUGGUUAGUCAAGCUCCACAAGACUCAGCUAGUUCACAAGAGGAGACUGGCUGCUACCAGAUGACCGAGACAACCAUUAGUCUCACAGAGGAUAGUCAGACAGAUGACGAGAGCCAGAUGAAUCACUGUCCUAAUUGUAGCCAGAGUUUCUCCUCUGGCUCCAUGUUACGCCGUCACUGCAGAGAGGCCCAUGGCGAGGAGCGAGUCCACAUCUGCAAUAUCUGCAGCAAAGCCUUCAAACGAGCAGCACAUCUCAAGGAUCAUCUUCAGACCCACCAACCUGGACCAUCGCCAAGCAGCCAGAAGCCUAAACUGUACAAGUGUGAAUCAUGUGAAAAGGCCUUUGCUAAGCCAAGCCAGUUGGAGAGACACAAUCGAAUCCACACCGGUGAACGACCAUUUCAGUGUAGCCUCUGUGAAAAAGCCUUUAACCAGAAAAAUGCCCUGCAAGUACAUAUGAAGAAGCACACCGGCGAGAGACCAUAUAAAUGUGACUACUGCGGAAUCUCUUUCACACAGAAGGGAAAUAUGAAGAUACAUAUGAAAAGAGCACAUGGUUUUCCUGGGAGUGGACAGGACACUGGAAGCAGCCAAGAGCUAGAAGGAGAUGAUGCAAGUCGCAGUCUUGAUGUAGUUGAAGUUAUCCCUGAGUCCUCCAAUGAAUGGCAUUGUGGGAUAGCGAACGUAUUUAAUUGAUUUAACUCACUUUGAAGUGUCCAGCCCUCAUUCAAGCAGCAGUGUCUCGGGCUGUGCCUUGAAUUACUUUGUGUGGCCUUCAUUCAGAAUCAUCGGAAGCUUAGAAAGUACAACACUUGGUUUGAGCACUGUUCAAAGUGCCGCCGUGUUUGUUCGCCAGUGUGGAAGUACCAAACGGGCAACUGACUGUGAGAUAAAGGGCUAAAUUCAUGAAGCACUUGAUGUACUUUAAAUCAGCAUGCAAUGUUAAGUGGUACUCUGAAGCAAAGGAUGGGAUCUACAAGUUAUAAAAAGAGAAAGGCAGCUCACUGCACUCAUUACCUACAAGAUCCAUGUUGAAGAUCCAUUCAGGAAACUACAGUGUAUUCAUUCCUGCUGUGCAGGGAUUUGAGUAAUCACUGUUAUGGUAUAGGCAUUUCUACAUGUAUCUAAACGAGUACUGUAGACUUCAGUUACAAUUGGCCUGAUUAUUCAUUUAGAGUAUUGCACAGUGGGCCUUGUUGCAUCUCUUUACACACCGACAAUUUUAUGUCUUUCUGCGCUGCUAUAAGAGCAAACGGCUGACAUAUUUUCAGAGAACAUUUAAUUCUAAUACGCCUGGUAGCUGCUUGGAGCAUUUAAACUCAUCAGUCGUUAUUAUAUGAGUUGCCACUAUUGACUGACAUGCAAAAUAUCUAAUUUUUAAUGUAUAAGAUACACGGCCAAUUGUGUAUGGUUGAAUUUUGUUCCAUUCCAAAGAUUAUUUUUGUAGGGUUUCUGCUCUCUCCCCCCCCCCCUUUACUUGCAUAGCACAGUAUGUUGUGCAUUUCAUAAAGCUAUAGUCUCUCAGUUGGGAACUUUGUAAAUGUUUGCAUUCAAUUGUUUAGAAAUUUUCAGUUUGCACUGUUACUAAAUCAGCACUUCAGUUAGUAUUGUUUUGUUGUACUUUACUACAUAACAGUGUUACAUUUUUUCUGUCUAGCCUUUUGACUACCAUUUUUAUUUGUUUUCAAAACUGGGGAAAGGAAAAACUUUUUGGCAAAGUAAAAAACAGGACACUGUAAAAGAAAUCUGUGACAUUUGUACAAAAAACUGGCUGCAUGUAAAUAUGACAAACUAUCUCAAAUGAUAUUUGAUACAACACAGACUUUUCAUCAGUCUCUGAUGGUGCUGAGNUUUUUUUGUUGAAACGUUUUAAGUACUUUGUAUAUAGAUUGUAUAGUUUGUGACAAAGGGACGACAUUCUUUUUGUAAGUACGUGUAUUUAAAUGAAAAUAUUUCAAAUAAUACAAUUGUUUUUUUGGUAA